AUCGGACGGUGCCGGAGUGGAUCGCACACUGCACAGAGGAGAAGGGAGAUGCUGAGAGUGACGAGCUGGGCCGGAAGAGCCCUUCUGAGGGGCUCCCAGAUAAACUCCACCAAAGUUUGGAACACAGAGUUUCAGCGAUGCGUCUCCUCCGGUCUGCCGAUGAACACGGUGGUCCUCUUCGUACCCCAGCAGGAGGCCUGGGUGGUGGAGCGUAUGGGCCGCUUCCACAGGAUUCUGGAGCCUGGUUUGAACUUCCUCAUUCCGAUUCUCGACCGAAUCCGCUAUGUGCAGAGUCUGAAGGAGAUAGUCAUCAACGUGCCAGAGCAGUCUGCCGUAUCGUUGGAUAACGUCUCUUUACAGAUAGACGGCGUCCUGUACCUGCGCAUUCUGGACCCCUACAAGGCCAGUUACGGGGUGGAGGACCCCGAGUACGCAGUUACACAGUUGGCGCAGACCACCAUGCGAUCUGAGCUGGGCAAACUGACGCUGGACAAGGUGUUUCGGGAGAGAGAAUCUCUGAACGCCAACAUCGUGGACGCCAUAAACCAGGCCUCCGACUACUGGGGGAUCAAAUGCCUGCGCUAUGAGAUUAAAGACAUUCACGUGCCGCCCAAGGUCCGUGAUGCCAUGCAGAUGCAGGUGGAGGCCGAGAGAAGGAAGAGAGCCAUGGUGUUGGAAUCUGAAGGGACCAGGGAGUCCGCCAUUAACGUGGCCGAGGGUGAGAAACAAUCGCAGAUCCUGGCGUCCGAGGCCGAGAGAGCCGAGCAAAUCAACAGGGCGGCAGGUGAAGCCAACGCCAUCCUGGCAAAAGCCAAAGCCCGGGGAGAGGCCAUUCGGCUGGUAGGGGAGGCUCUCAAGCAACAGCACGGGGACGCAGCCGCUUCUCUGGUCAUAGCCGAGCAGUAUGUAAACGCCUUCUCCAAGCUGGCGAAAGAGUCCAACACGAUCCUCCUGCCCACGAACACCGGUGACAUCAGCGCCAUGGUGUCCCAGGCCAUGGGAAUAUACAGCACGCUGACCAAAGCCUUACCUCGGAAGAGCCUCGCCGCUCCUCCCCCCGGCGUGACAGACGGACACAGGUCAGGCACAGAAGAUCUGACGCAGAACUAA